AGUCUCCAGAGGUCUUGCUGGUGAGCAGCGUAUUGCCUGCAGCCUGCUGACAGGAGCCAUUUGUGCACCAGGCAAAGGGGCGCAGGGGAACUGGGACACUGUCCAGCCCCUGGCCUGCCUUACGCGUACUUUGGCGCCAAUCAGGGUGGCGAUCGGUUCUGGAGCUUCCCAAAAAGGGCCCCUUGUUUACGGCAUGGGGUCUAAGCUCAGCUCUUUCCUGCCAGAGUGAGAGCCAGCUGCAGAGCCGGAUGGAGGGCAAGAAAAAUGGCACAAAACUCCAUGCUCAGCCAGAACCAACCUCAGCCCUGCCUCUCACACCCUCUCUGUACCCAAACCGGCGGGUUCUUCACUACCAUGGAGGUUUCCAGUGGAACCCAACCUGGGCCAUGGGGGAAGUUGGGAGACACACCGGAGUUCACAGCAUCCCCUGCUGCUCACUGAAGCGAUGCCGAUGUGGAGGGCUAGAGCUAGGGUGAUGAUAACAUGACCUGGGUGGAGGUGGAGUGUUAUGAAUGGAUCAUCACCCCAUUCCCUCCUGGCAGAAAAAGAAGACCUUGAAUUUUUCCCACACUUUGAUUAGACUGAGACUCUUCCCAGACUGCGCCUCACUGAAUUCUCGUUCACUGAGAAGCUGGUUUGUACAGCUCUGAAAUUCUGCUGUGAUGUUGGUGUGAGCGGUGGGAAACUGGUGUGAGUGGUGGGAUACUGGUAAUCAAGCAGGGUUCUGCUAUGGCCACCACCAUGACAGCCAGCUCAGCCAGCCCCAUCACCAUCAUCAACAGCUUCAUCACCCAGCCCCACAUGGCCAGUGCUGCCAUCUCAGCCAAACCGCAGCCCCUGGAGAAGUUCUACAAGGGGGAGCCACUGGCCCUGGGGGUGGUGUCCCAUUGGCCAAAGGAUGCUAGGGGGUGGAAUUCCAGAAGACGACUCCCUCCAGCUCUUAGGAUAAACUGGAUCACCCAGAUCCUAGUUGGAGCCGUGCAGGUUGCUGUCGGGAUGGUGAUGGCUAUGGUCAACUCCUAUUUGUGGAUAUUAGCAUUGACUGUGCACGUCCCGCUAUGGAGUGGGUUGCUGUACAUCAUCUCGGGGUCCAUCUCAGUGGCGGCUGCAAAGAAUCCCAAGAUACCACUGGUGAAAGGCAGCCUGGGAAUGAACAUCAUCAGCUCGGUGCUGGCCGGAUGUGCCAUGAUCCUGUACCUGAUCAGUUUGAUGGAAUCCAGGUAUCAGUCCAGGUGUGACUGGUACCCAGAGAAUUGCUUCCCUUAUAAGGUAACCAUGGCCUGCAUCAUGGUUCUGUUCCUGUUCACCUUCCUGGAAUUCUGCGUCUCCAUCUCCACUGCGGCCUUUGGGUGCAAAACCGUCUGCCGGGACAGCUACAGCCAAGUGUCUGUGGUCAUUUACCAGAACAUGGUGCCUCCAGGUGACCCAACUACUGCCACCAACACCCACACGGAUGCUGUUGCCUGCACUCCUCCCCCUUACAAGGGCCUCGCCACCGCAUGAGCUGUUAACUAGGGCAGCCACUGCCUGGGUCACCAGCUCCCUACAUACCAUGCCCACCUGUGCCUUGCUGGAGACCAAAGCAGCAGAGUGGGAACCGGUCGUAGCAUCUCGCUCCCGACACUGAGCCUGCUGACCCCCAUGCACUGAUCACACUGACCAUGGAGAGAGACAUGUCCCUACAGCAUCACACAAUCGAUCUGCCGGUCUCAAUGCCCUUUCCAUCCUACCCCUGUGCAAGGGAUCUCAGCCCCAGGUCCCACCACUCUAUAACAUGUCCAGGCUGCCUGCAAUAAAACCUUUGUCUCUAAUCA